CGCAGAGAGCCCGGGAGCGCCCGACGGCCGGGACAAGCCGCGUGGCGCCCCGGCCCUGCGGUGACACAGGCCUGGCCACUCACUCUCGGGCCCACCCGGAGAAGCGCAGGGCGGCGGCACCAGCCCUGAGGCUGCCUUCCCGCCUGCCCGCCUGGAAACCCGGGAGUGCCGGUCUCCACCAUCCACCCAGGGUUGAAGAUGUCUAUGGAUGUGACCUUUCUUGGGACAGGAGCAGCAUACCCAUCCCCGACCCGGGGUGCCUCUGCCGUGGUUCUUCGGUGUGAAGGCGAGUGCUGGCUCUUUGACUGUGGGGAGGGCACACAGACGCAGCUUAUGAAAAGUCAGCUCAAAGCAGGGAGAAUUACCAAGAUCUUCAUCACACAUCUUCAUGGAGACCACUUCUUUGGCCUUCCAGGCCUCCUCUGUACAAUCAGCUUACAGAGUGGCUCUGUGGUCACGAGGCAGCCUAUUGAAAUCUAUGGUCCAGUAGGACUUCGGGACUUUAUCUGGAGAACCAUGGAGCUCUCUCACACAGAGUUGGUUUUUCCUUAUGUGGUUCAUGAGCUAGUACCUACGGCUGAUCAGUGUCCCGUGGAAGAGCUAAAAGAAUUUCCACAUGUGGAUGAAGCAGACAGCCCUCCCAAAGGACAAGGACGAACUAUUUUGUUAGACGCAGAAGAAAACUCAUACUGUCUAGUUGACGAUGAUCAGUUUGUUGUAAAAGCAUUUCGCCUCUUCCAUAGAAUUCCAUCCUUUGGUUUUUCAGUCAUGGAAAAGAAACGUGCAGGUAAACUCAAUGCCCAGAAGCUGAAAGACCUCGGUGUGCCACCAGGUCCUGCCUAUGGGAAGUUGAAAAAUGGAAUUUCUGUUGUUUUAGACAAUGGAGUUACAAUUUUUCCCCAAGAUGUCUUAAAAAAGCCUAUGGUUGGAAGAAAAAUCUGCAUAUUAGGUGACUGCUCUGGGGUCGUGGGUGAUGGAGGAGUGAAGCUGUGCUUUGAAGCGGACCUGUUGAUCCACGAGGCAACUCUGGAUGAUUCCCAGAUGGACAAAGCAAAAGAGCAUGGCCACAGCACACCGCAGAUGGCAGCGACAUUUGCAAAGCUGUGCCAUGCAAAGAGGCUGGUCCUGACGCACUUCAGUCAGAGGUACAAACCAAUUGCCUUGGCUAGAGAAGGAGAGACAGAUGGCAUUGCAGAACUGAAAAAGCAAGCUGAGUCAGUGUUAGAGCUCCAAGAAGUGACUCUAGCAGAAGAUUUUAUGGUGAUUGGCAUUCCGAUCAAGAAAUGAAACCAGUGCUCCUGUAUGCAUAAAUAUGGACAUGGAUGUAUUACCAGACCUGCACUACAGAUUUUUUGGUUGUUGGUUACAAGUGGAUUUUUUUUCUUUUAGUUUUGGAUUUUUUUAUCUUAAAAUUAUUUUGGCCCUAAUAAUUCCAAAGAUGGAGCUGGACUGCGGAGCUGACUCAGUAGUGAGAGGGAACAAGAUUUUUUUAAUAAUAAAUAAAUUAUUUUUAAAUGAUGAAAAAUACCCAGCAUCCUUCUUAAAGUACAAAUGUGAUUAACUAAUAGAUUUUCAGAGGUACUUAUUUUGUGGCUAUUGCCACAGAUAGAAUCCAACUCCAUUAAAGUGUUAGACUUAGCUUUGCCCAGCUUAACUGCCGUUAUUGGCGAAGUAUGUAGGACUAGAUCCUCUUGUCUAAAAAAAAAAUGGUUUUCUGGCAGAAUGUGUAUAGAAGCUGCGUUGCUAACCCAGAUCAGUGUGUGGGGACAGUACAUCGCAGUGUUAAUAACAGCAGGUUGGUGCAGUGACUGGAGUAGUCGGUGCAGGCAUGGACUAAGUGUUACCUUAGCCUUUUAGUCAGCAUUUAACACAUGGUUUGGGGCAGUCCACUAGGAAUUUGAGUUCUUCCUGUUGCAGUGACUGAGGGGGAGAUGGUGGCACCACAGUAGUUUAGCCAGUGGGGGUCAGGAAUGCCAUAUGUUCUGCACAGUUUAGGUUAGUCCUGCAUAAUGGUUACCUCAAAAUUCCAGGCCUGUUCGGAAACACAGAUCAAAACGUUUAUUCCCAAUGUGAACAUGCUUUGCCAAAAUUAGUGAUGUAACAGAUUGAAUUAAUAGAUAAGCUAAAUCCUCCAAUGGACAGCUGCUGCCUCUACUUCCAGUGGCUCAGUCAAGAGGUCAGAGUGGACCCUGCCAUUGCAUUGAUAAGCUGCACGGGUGACUCUGGAAGCCGUGGGUGCUGGACUAGCCUAGAAGAAAGUUGAGAAUUGUCUUUUUUCUCUGUUCUUAAAUUGAAGGUGUAUAGAGCUAUUUUAUAUAUAUAUAUAUAUAUGUUUGUGUAUGUGUAUACUUUAUGCAUUUAUAUUUUUACAUGAAGCUGGUCUCCACUAUUUUCGUAAAGUAAAAUAAAGGUAUUUUAUUGGACAAAGAAAAAGUUUAUUUUCAGAAGAUCCACUGUAAGAAAUUCUGAGGCAUUAUUUUUGGCACGAUAAAAAUAAUCUUGGAGGGUUGAAAAACCAUAAAGCGGGAAACAGAUGAGUGACGUAGAGGAACACCGACUACAGGGCUGUAAGUACAAUGCUUGCUGACAAGGCUUUACCUACUUUUCCAUUCGCCUUUUCUACAGCAUUAAACGCCUCUGAUAUUUAAUUUAAUUUUAGAGUUGUAUCAUUUAAUGAUGUCUUUAUUUUGGAGCACUGAGGUUGUUUUCUGUUUGAGAAAAACUGACAUGUGAGUUUUUCAAAUCUCUGUAUCUCCAAGUAGUUCCUUCUUUCUAGCUGAUCUCCCUGAGUGUUACAAACAUCUUAGGUAGGCAUGAUGGUAUUUUUGCAUUUGCGGGGCUAAAGCAGGAAAAUUUUGAGAUCCAGACAAGUCUGGGUGUAUAUAGUAAGACUUUAUCUCAAAAACAAAAAAUAACAAAAAAGCAGAAAGAAAGAAAUCCGGCUUAUAACAUGUUGACAUGUUCAUUCACAUUCCUAACGCCCACACAGGAGGGGCCUGUUUCUAUUGAAGGUACUACUCCAUCAAUUUAAAACCUCUGUAAGUCCCACCCUCUGUGUCAUCCCUCCCUGUUUUGUUUUGUUUUGUUUUGUUUUGUGUUUAACAAGGUCUUACUGUGUAGCCCAAGCUGGCCUGAAGCUUACAAUCCCCUUGCUUGAGAGCUGGGGUUACAAACAUGCACUUAUAAUCUGACUAUAAUGUUUUGAAUAUUCCUUUUCUGAAGAAAAUUUUAUAAUUUUCAGUCUGGGAGUGUAGCUUGGUGGUAGAGCACUUGCUUAGAAUGUCUGAGGCACCUUUUUUGAUUUGUAGUAUAAGAAGGAAAAACGAUUCUUUUUGCCUCCUAGUGUAAAUAUAUUUAAUAUGCCUUUAAGUUAUUACAUAUAAUUCAACUCUUUUUUCUCAAAUAUUCUGAUGCCAGCUUGAAAUUGUGCUACUUUUUCUUUUAUUAAUGAAAUAAUUCUUCUUCCAGUGUUUCCAUUACAAAUAGACAGUGAUGCUACUUUUAUCUCACAAAGAUAUGUUUAUAGUGAAAUGUACUAGGUCUGUCCUUGCUGGCAGAUUUGAGGGCAAAUGAAAUGAUGGAGAUAAGUGGGAGAAUUUCCCUCACUUCUUUCUCUCUUUUCUCCUUUUUCCUGUAAGAUGGGGGCUCAUGUAGCCCAGACUAGCCUUGAACAUCCUAUAUAACCAGGAAUGACCUUGAGCCUCUGAUCUGGCCUCCACCACCAGAAUGCUUGGGUAACAGCCAUUAUAUCAGCACACCAGGCUUAUGUGGCACUGGGAAUGGAACCCAGGGCUUUUGCCUGCUAAGCAAGUAUUCUGCCAACUGAGCUACAUCCCAGAGCCCGAGGAAGUGGGGUUUUGUGUGUUUUGGUUUUUGUAGGGAAUACUAAAAAGAAAGUACUGGCUGUGACUUUGACUAUUUGUUCUUGACAGAGAAAAACUAAGUUUAAGAAGAGACUGUGUGUGCAAAAAUGAAAAAUGAACAUUUAAACAUAUAUUUUUAAAAAGCAAGAAAAGUGGCUGAGAAUGUAGCUCAGGUAGAACAGUGGUUAGCCUUAUAAGGUCUUGGGUUUGAUCCCCAGUGUCUUUACUUGACCCUCCCUCCAAGAAAAACAAGGGGGAGGAGCGAAUAUGAAUGGUUAAAAGUGGAUUCCGAUUAUAAGCAUGUAUGGAGAUGUAAUAAUGAAGCUUGUUGUUUUGUAAAUUAAUACGUACUAAUAAUUUUUAUUAAGUGGAGAAAGAAACUUUGGCAGAAGGGGCAAGAAGUUUUGGGAGGCAAGACAGGCUAUCACUUCUGUUGGUGGUUUUAUGAAUGGAUGUUCUGACUAAUUAUAUGUAUAUAUCCAUGUAGUAUAGCAACUACACUACAGCACACCCAUACAGAUAAAUUGCUUCUCUGAGUAAUUGUUCAUCUCUACAUAGGCACUCCAGACAGCUGACAGUUUAGCUCAAGUCUUUGUAAUAUUCCUGUUCAUCAUCUGUACUGUAGCCAGAGUGGGUUUUUUUUUCCCUCCCAAAAAUGUAAAUUAUUGCAAUCUUUUCUUGGCUUCAAACUUUGUAGUGGUCUGGCUUUACUCCUCUCUAACCUAGUCUACUACCCAGUGCUACUCAAGUUUGCAGCCCCAACCAUGUGGGCCUUCUUUCAGUCCUUCAUCAAGGUUUUCUGAUGUCACAGAGCCUUUCAGUAGCCUGCAUCCUUCUCCUGAAAUGGUAUUUGCUAUAUCCCAAAUAAACGCAGUGAACCUUCAGGUCACAGCUUUGCUGUCAGGCCUCGUGGAGUUUGCCUGCCCAGCUCCUGCUAGGUAGUGUAUUUCUCUCAGCACCUACAACCCAUCUUCCAGACACUUGUCACUCACAGCUUCAUUUUGCCUCUGUAUGUGAUGUUUCUCUCUCACAGCAGCUCUGUAAACCACACAAGGGCAGAGCUGUGUCUGCUUCUGUUCCUCUUUAUGUCUAACUUGGUGCCUAGAACAUCAAAGGUAUUCAAUAAAUACUGUUGACUGAAUCACA